CGGUUAUUUUAACGAAUAAUGGAGAAUUUUCUGAUAUCGAUAUGGUUAUAUUUUCGAGCACUUCCUUAUCAGAUUGAGCUUGUGAAGCAAACAACCUUAAUUGAUCUUAUUACUGUUUCUGGACAGCAAAAUUUAACUUCAAAUACGACGACAAUACAACAUAUUGCUUCUGUUCUUGUCCGGUAUAUAAGUAGCCUGUAUGCUGAUUUUAGAUCUGGAAGAUCGGGCAGACGUACUUUUACACCUGAUUCCAAUAGUACGAUUGGGGGAACAGGUAGUUGUUCCUUUGAAAAUGGCAUUGACAAUUCCAGAUGCACAUGGAAGAAUGUUAAUUAUCCACUUGACAACUUUGAUUGGACCAUCCAUUCUGGCUCAACACUAAGUUCGAGCACUGGACCUAGCUCAGACAGAAGAGGAUUGAUUACUGGAAAAUACAUUUACAUUGAAACAUCAAGUCCCCGUGUGCUGGGUGAUAAAGCAUGGUUGGUUAGCAACUACUUUAAUACAACAACCAAAUGUUUUACAUUUUGGUAUCAUAUGUAUGGAUCAACAAUUGGUUCUCUUAAUAUAUACCAACAAUACAUGGGAGGUAGAUUAAAGCUGUUGUGGACAUUAAGUGGCAAUAGAGAAAUCAAUGGAGCAGAGCUCAAGUUACAACCAACUUUACCGAAGUAA